AUGGGGUAUCCCCAAGGAGGCCAGCAGCCGACUUACGGAGGGCAACCCAUGGGUCAGCAGCCGUCGUACGGAGGACAACCAUCAAUGGGUCAGCAACCCAUGGGUCAGCAGCCCAUGGGUCAGCAACCCAUGGGUCAGCAACCCAUGGGUCAGCAGUCAUCGUACGGAGGCAUGGGCGGCAUGAACGGUCCGGCGUAUGAAUACCAGCAGGCUCAGCAGGGGUAUGGCGGAGCUCCUUCGUUUACUGCCUCUCCUCCGAUGGGGUCUCCCCCGGUGGGAGGAAUGGCUCGGGGCGGCGGGAUCUUGGGCAUCCUACAGAAGUGUGUGACUGAAAAUCGGCUUGAGAGGUUCUACAACAGCCAGAGUCUAAGUAUGUUGGCGCAGCAGUUGGAGCAGAAGAGUGGUCGGGUACAGCAGUUGGCACAGAAGUGGAAGUUGAGUGGCGAGAUUCAGAAUGACUUGUACCAGUUGGCGUUGUAUGACGUGAUCAUGUUGUGUGACGACUCUGGUUCGAUGGCCUUCGAGGAACAGGGGGAACGGAUUGAGGACUUAAAGAUGACGGUGUCUUACGUGGCGGAGGCGACAGCGUUGUUCGAUAGCGAUGGAAUUUGUGUGCGAUUCCUAAACAGCACGCAAGAAGGCAACGGCAUUGCAGAGCCCUCCCAGGUGCAGCAACUUAUCAGCUCCGUGCGCUUCCAAGGCCUCACGCCCAUGGGCACCUCACUGGACCAGAAGGUGCUGCAGCCCUUCGUCUACAGCGCCCUCAAAUCCAAUUCCUUUACCAAGCCCCUCCUUGUCAUCAUCUUAACUGAUGGAUCACCCGCUGGAGAGCCCUACGACAAAAUCAUGCAGGUCCUCAACCAAGUCCACCAGACCUCAGGUGGAGUUGGAGUCGCCGUCUCCUUCGCCCAAAUAGGCAGCGACCAGCAGGCGCAGAAAUUCCUCCACGAAAUCGACGUACAUACCGGCUUCGGUAGUAUGGUAGAUUGCACCAGCUCCUAUGAACUCGAACAGGCCGAAAUGAGCAGGAAAGGUGUCGACCUCCAACCCGAAGUUUGGAUCGCCAAACUCCUCCUCGGGGCUAUCGACGCCUCAUACGACAAACUCGACGAGUAA